CAGUAGUUAAUUUUACCAGUACCAGCUCUGUUGUUGACACAGAGGGGGUAGACGUACAUAAUUAAUAAGAUAAAAAUAUAACAUUUUGACAAGGUGCAAUAAUUAGUAAUGUUGCAACCCAUUGUGGAACUAUGGUGAGAGAGUUGGGCAACUGGCAGAAUGUGGUUUCCCAUGGACCAGUUAAUACAAUUAAUGAAUGGAUUAUGAAUCCUAGGAUGACAUCGAAACCGGCCUUUUCCCUGCCUGUCAUUUCCCCUACAAAAUCAGCUAUUAAUUUUAUAGGAGCAAAUAUUCGGCCAUUUGAUGUUUGCCACAACAAUCCAGACUUCAGAUUGGCAAGGGACUAUAACAAUGCCCAUCGAGGGUCAGAGUUUGGAGGUCAUCUCAGACGGCAAAGUCAUCCGUACGGAAAUAGUGACGGUUUUACAGACAGAAAUUUAACAACAGUGUAUUGUGGAGCUGCCAACCCUCGUGGUCCACAUCGCAACCGCCAGGUACACCAUACUUCAACAGCAUUUGCCACACAACUAACUGAUCUCACUAACCCGUAUUCAGGCUCGUUACCUCACGAUGAGAACCCUUACAGUCAGCCGACAAGACACGUGCAGAGUGCUACCUUAGUCUCGAGGACACAGAGGUCUAUCCAUAACACUCAUGAUGCUGUAAGCAGUAGCCCACCACCUCCAGCAAACCAUGUGACCUCAGUAGCUGACAAGGUUAUAUUCUCUGAGAGCCCAUCUUUGCCAGGUGUUGCCAUUGUCUCUAGGCCACCUGAAGAAAGGAGCAACAACCCUGACAGAUUGAACUUAGACAGGAGGCGCUUGACAGCAUGUCCAAUUUUAGAGGGAGAGGAGUCAUUGCGUCUUCUUAACUUCCAACAUAAUGCCAUCAUCACCAUUGAGCGUGUCAACUGUCUUCGCCGACUCAUCUUCCUUGAUCUGUAUGACAACAGGAUUGAGGAGAUAUCUGGACUCGAAGGACUGAGAUCCCUACGAGUUUUGAUGUUGGGCAAGAAUAGAAUACAAAAGAUUGAAAAUUUAGAAUCACUAUCAAAACUUGAUGUCCUUGACCUUCAUGGCAACCAAAUAAAAGAUGUUGAGAACCUAAAUCACUUGGAGGAGCUGAGAGUGUUGAACCUUGCUGGUAACAAUAUCUCAACGGUGAAUAAUCUCAUUGGAAUGGACUCUUUAACAGAACUCAACCUACGCAGAAAUAAAAUAACAACAGUAGAUGAUGUUGAUAAUUUACCCAACCUUCAAAGACUUUUUCUAAGCUUUAACUGUAUUGCAAGUUUUGAUGACAUUGCAUGUCUGGGUGACAGUACAUCGUUAUCUGAAUUGUCAUUGGAUGGCAACCCUUUUUCCCAUGACUCUUACUACAAGCAGACAAUUCUCAGGAAUAUGAUACAUCUAAAACAAUUGGACAUGAAAAGGAUUACUGAUGAAGAGCGAAGAAUGGCAAGUGUAUUGGCUCGAAAAGAAGAGGAAAAGAAACGAGAAAUCAACAAGGUAGCAAUACUUAAGGAAAAGAAGAGGAUUGCAAUAAACAAUGCUGCCAGGCAGUGGGAGAUAAGUAAAGGUGUCGCAAUUUCAAAAACUUCACGCUUACAACCGGCAUUGAGUAGCGGUGGAGACAGUCGACCUGGAUUGUUCCCCACGAGAACAAACAGUAGGCCAAGUUCAGCAGAGUCUGAAGACAAAUCUGUAGAUUUAAUCCUUCACAAGCCUCCAAGCAGACCGACCAGUGGGAGGCCCUCUAGUGCCAGAAUAUCCAGACCAGCAAGUGCUUCCAGGCGAUCUAAAGCUCCAACUCCAGAUCUAUUAGCAAAUACUCCCGAAAAUGAAGUGUGCCAUCUAGCCGAGCUAGAUGGCGAUACUCUACAUCUUUAUGGUCCCGGCUCAUUAGACUCCUUGGAGAAGAACUGGGGAAUCCAGGCUGCAGGGGCAGUCACCAAUGUCUCAUUUAUGUUUAUUGAAUUCGACAAGGUUGUGAAACAUCUACACAAGCUUAGAGUCAGGUUUCCGAAUGUUUCAAAUGUGACAUUUGGUGAGUGUAAUAUAUGCAAUUUACAGCAGCUAAAUGCAUUAACUAGCUUGAAGCGACUUGAUUCUCUCUCCAUAUCGAAGCAAGGCAACCCUAUAACGACUUUUAGUUUAUGGAAACAGUAUCUAAUAUAUAGGCUCUCGCAUUUUCACUUGAAGAAAAUUAAUGAUGAAGAGGUGACAUAUGAGAUGAUAGCCAUAGCACAAAGGUUCUUCACCCCUCUGAGUAAACUCUCAACAUCUCACCUACCUUCCUAUAGAACCCUUGGCCUUCUCAGUGAUGUAAGGCGUAAGCAUACACAAGGCCUAACAGAGCUUGAAUUGAAGGCUAAGAGGCAACUUGCAGCAGAGCAGCAAGCCACUCUUGAACAUGUCACUAAGGCAGGCCUACAAUACUAUUCAGAGACAGCGCUUGAUAACAUGGUGAAGGAGCAAACUGUGCGUCAGAAUUUUGCAAAGAGUUAUGUCAAGCAAUUGACACGUGAAGCAAUUAAGGCUGAUGAGAAGAAGAUGAAGCUCUACCAAAUAUGGCCACAGAUUUUUGUGGAGUUAGUGACAGAUGCAUUUAUCGAAAUGCAGGAUACUAGUAAAUUUGCAAAAAACUUUCAGAAAUUGAUGUCAAAGAAAUGAGGUUUAUGAAAUGAUGGUGUCACAGAAAUGAGGUUUAGGAAGUGAUGUCAAAGUACUAAUGCACCAAGUCUUUCAGGAUGGCAGUGAUCAUCUAGUGACAAUUCCAACCAAAGGAUUGAUAGUGUACCUUCUCUGCUGGAGAGAAGGUUAUAGCUAGUACCUGUACUUCAUGGUGGUGUAUUGAGAGUAAAAUGUGGUUAAGAUGGUGAUGGCAAAAACAAUUAGAAGUAAUGAAUUAAAAGAAAAAACUGCAAUAAUAUAGCUUUGCAAUUAAUAUGAAUAAGAAAUGCAAUUUAAAAAUUCUAUAAAUAUAUAAUGAAUCAGUAUACUGUAGUAAGGAGCCAAAAGUAACGUUGGCUGUGGUAAUCUUAUCCAUGCCUUAAUAGCCCAAUCGAUGUGUUUCUUUUGCUGAUAGGUUUUAAAAUACUGAGCAAGGACUACAAACAUGUAAAGCUUAAAGCCAGGCACACAUUGUAUCGGCUGAUGGUCGUACUAACGAAUCCGUCUCUCCUCUCUAUGAGCGCUUUUCUAUGCUACGCUGUCUGCCAAUUGUUAGCGGGAAUCUGAUUAUGCAUGCCUUGCCUUGUGUUCUUCAUAGAAGCUCAUAGGCUAACGGCCGUUGGUGCUGUGUUUGUUCGUCUUAAAAUUUAAAACAAAAUACUAUGCAUAAUAAUCCAUGAAGCACUGUAUUAGAUAGAAUAAACAUUAACUGAACAGCCUUUACGAAACGCUAUAUGUGAAUGUUUGUGUGAAUACUCCAUGUUGAUGCAACACUGCAGUAUUGCCUUUAAUCUACUAUCAGUGAAUUACAUAAUUAAUCAGUUGUUCCACUUACAUAGAGUAUUCCAAAAUGAUCUUGCAGUACUGUACUAAGUUUGCAUUCUGGGCAAUCUUUAUUAUACAUAAUGAUAUUGGGUGUACAUAUAUCAGGCUUAAAGCUUAAGAUGAUUACAUUAUCAAAAGCACAAAAUUAGUAUGAGCUUGUAAUGGAUAAUAGCAGUUUGGAAAGCAAUUCCGCAACGUUCAGUAAAAAUGUAGAUGGUGUAUAUGAUGAUGACAAUGUUUAUGAUGAUAGAGAUGGUGUUGAUGAUUGGGUGUUAUGACAUGAUAAAUAUAGGAUAUAUAUUGUUGUGAACAUGCAAUAGCUAUUUUGUGGAUGAUAACAAUGUUUACAACUCUGUUUCUAAAAACUCUUUCAAGUUGCAACCUAUUUUCAGAUUCUGUUCUGUUUAGAGAGUUCACACCCACCUCAUCCCUAAUGUUUGGAGCCUGCAAAUUUGGAUGUUAACCUCUGCAUACAAUAAUUACGAUUAAUUUUAAAAAUGACAAUAGUUCAAAUCAGGGAUUAACCUGAGUACAUAAGCCUACGUCAUACAAGGAUAGUAUGAUGAUGUAGGCCUACAUUAUCAUACGAGUCUCGUGAUCUUAAGUACACAUUUGGCAAAACAAAUUUGGAUCAAGACCCAUAGAUUAAGAACCAAGUGGAAUUAUAACAAAGGGUGAUGAUGAUAUUCAUGAAUUAACAGUGUGUGGAAAGACCAUACAGUAACCCUCUAUUCCAUGUACAAGCGCAAGUUACCUAGUCUAUGUUGUAAUAAACAGAAAUUAUGCAACAUAAUAUGUUUCACUAUUGUUCACUUUAUUUGUACGACACACAAUAAAAAUUACAUACCCGGUAAUGUAUACAUUACAAUAAGAAAUAUUUUUACCCCAGAAACUGAAAGUUUAUACAGUCUCACAUUUCAAAUUUUGAAAUAUUAUUUAACAGCUUUUUUUUUAUGGUUACUAUGUAUUGGCUGCAAUUAUUCUUAACUUGUCUUUCACUUUCAGGUUUGUUAUAUAAAAACUGCGCAAACAUCGCACAUACCAAUAGUAUAUAACAUCAUCUAUAUAGCACCAGACAUUAGUUCGGGAAAUAGUGCAUUAACAUGCAUUACCAUAUAUGGAUGGAAACCAUGUAUGGAAGCAUACCAUAUAUGAACACAUUGUUCUUUUCAUACCAUAAUUGAUUACUGUACAGUCAACUGCAUAAUAACAAUGGAUUAAACAAAGAAUAUUAAAUUUUGUAAAUCUAAUAAAACAAACUAAUUACACAAAUAUUUUACUGUUUUUGUUUAUUUUACCAUUGUGCGGCUGUAGCCACUUUAAACAGUGUGCAAUUACUGUCUAGCCAUUUUAUUUUUACUUUGAAGUUAAUUACGUCAUUUACAAAAGUUGAUAUGGAGGGCAUCAGAGAACGGAGGUGCUUAUAAUUAUUGGAGCUUAAGGCAUCUGUUGUACGCCCUAUUCUAUAAUUGAUGGUCAAUUAGAGCAUAUGCAACAAUGCCCUAUAAUUGAAAAUGGGUAAGUAUUUAAAUUUAAAACAUAAUGGCAAAACUUGAUAUAUAAAUAACACAAAAAUGAAAAGAAAAAAAGAAAAUUUUUGGGAAAUGGGACUGCAAAUUUUAAAAGCAAAUAUUUAAUACUGUACUAGUUAUGAGAGCAAAUAUUAUUAUUUUUUUAAUUAUAUUUUUAACUUGCAAAGCAAUAUAAAUUUAUAGCAAUGUGCAUGUCUCGUGCCUUAUAAAUAAUGGUUACAGUUGUAUUUGAAGUAGUUGCACUUUGUUAAAUUUUAAGCAGUUACAUUUCAGUCUGCACAACCACUCUGUACAUACAUGGUAUCCUAAUUUCCGUCAUUACAUUAUACUGUACACAUUUAUACUAUAUUUAUACAAGGUACAAUACUUAAAAACCAUGCAAGUGUACAAAUUUGGCACUAUUUUUGGAUCAUGCACAGAUUAUGUCCCUCUCGACCAUAAGUGCAUCGUACAUGCAUAAUCUCCAAAUAUGGCGAGAGAAGAGCUUAAGCAUUGGUAAAAAAUGUAAAAAUUGUAACAACAGACAGGACACAAGUUAACACACAAAACAUGUGCAUGAGCACACAAUAUAUGCAUGUAACGCACAAAGAUACAUUUGAGGUAAAAGACCAACAUGCGCUCCCCAUUAGAUCAGGCGAUUCUGAGAAACUAAGGGGUUAACAGGAUAUUGGCCAAAUUGAUACCUUAUACUUUCAAUAUCUUAUUCAAAAACAGUACAGUACUUUUUAAAAAUGUAUAUCUAUAAUGGAAAUAAGAACUUUUUAUAUAAAACAUCAUUGUUAAAUCAAUUCAUGAAAAACUCAUCUCAAAAUUCUUUAACAAUAUGAAAGACAGAUAUUAAAAUAUUAAUACAGUAGUUAUAUGUAACGAUUAAUACCAUGCAAAACAUUUUCCCAAAAAAAGUUGACUUUGUAAUUGAUAUGCUCAAUUAUAAAAAACAGAUACAAUUUCAUCUUCACGAACAUUUGAUAACAAUCCUUAAUACCCAAUCUGUAUCUUUAAUCAGGAUAAUCAUGUUUGUUUUUAUGAAAGCUUUUAUUAUUCCUUAUCAUAUUUUUCUUCCAUUGAAUUUCAUGAUUGAAUAUCUUGAAUAUAUUAAUCCUACUAUCUGUAUUUCCUUAGUCAUAUGGAUAGAAGAUAGUUCCAUGAUCAUAUACUCUAUACAACACAUUUGGAAAAACAAACCAAAAGUUGACACACAAAAUUAAUAUAACAGUACUUAUAGGUUUCUUUUUCAGCUAACCUAUCUAUGAAGAUAAAAAUGUAGUAAGAGCUCCCUAGUCAGGCAAUAUAAUUUUAAUUGUAUCUAGUGAAGUUAGGAAACACCUAAUUAUACAAAACAU